AAGGUUAGCUGCAAUUAACUACGAGAAUUACGGGUUUCCUUAAACCACCUGCUCGACUAGCAUUUAUUGGUUCAUAGUCGAAAGCGUAGAUUAUAAUCUGCCGUUCUCUGAAUGUGUGUUAACAAUGAAAGCUAUGUAGCUCAAGUCCUCAAUCCGUUAGCUUAUAGCUAGCAAGGGGUAACUGUAACGACUUUGUCAAGAAAAGCUGUCGGACUUAUUUAACAUAAGCAGCCAACUACCAGCUAGCCUUCUAGUUUGCAAAGUCUUUUCGAUAAAUCUCAACAGCUCUUAAUACAUAAGCUAACAAAAGCGAGAGUGAUUAAUAUAAAAUUAGCACGGCAUCUGUUUGACAGCUUCCUAGAGCCGACAAACAUGGCCGAGACUAUGGAUGAGAAGAUUAAAAACUACAGAACGGCUCCCUUUGACGCCAGAUUCCCCAACACAAACCAGACCCGCAACUGCUUCCAGAACUACCUGGAUUUUCACCGAUGCAACAAGGCCCUGUCAGCCAAAGGCCAGGAUGUGUCUCCCUGUCAGUGGUACCAGAGGGUUUAUAAGAGCCUCUGUCCAAUGGGCUGGGUGGCUAAGUGGGACGAGCAGAGAGAAAAUGGAAAUUUUCCUGGAAAGAUCUGAAGUCAGAAGCUUCUUUCCGGUUGUGAGGUUGUUACUCAAACCCUUACCUCUGUAGGAUGCCUGAAGACAUCUCCAUCACAUCUAUCAUUUUGUCAUCAGUGCAACUAAUUUAAACUGUAAACACGCACAGCUGUUACCAUGUGAAGGUUGAAUUUUUCUCCCUUUGUAAUCUUUCAUAUUGUAUUAUUGAUUCUAUAGAUUCAGAGUAAUAAUCACAUUGUUACAAAGUUUAAGAAAUGUGUUUAGUUGUAGCUUUCUGCCAGGCACAGUAAACAACAUUUCCAGCAUAUGUUCAUUCUGGUGGAAAUGCUACAAAUUUCUUUCCCUUUGUAGUUGUUACUUUAACCCAGGUUGCAAAAUAUUUCAUCACAGAAUCAGAUAAAAUCAUCUGGGAACUCACAGUUCAUUACUAAUAGGACUACCUCGGACAUUGUGUUCACAUGUGUAAUUUGGUCAGAUUGAGAAUUCAUUGAGUUUUAAAACAUUUGUAAAAUAAAAAUAAAUGUUUCAACUCCU